UUUUAGGUGAAAAAAAAAAAUAGCAAAAUCUGAAUGGAAAAUUGCUAGAAAUAUUCUCCAAAAAUAUUGUCACAACAGAAUUGUAUAUGAUAGUGAAUUGCGUUCCUGUGCAAUUCUGGUCUGAACUGGCCUAUAAAGUGGAACUAGUAACAAAAAAAAAAAUGACAUAUAUGCAGGGGCAGACUGACCAUUUGGAAACUCGGGCACUGCCCGAGGGCCCAGGGUCAGUAGGAGGCCCCAUGAGAUGCCCCUGGUACCUUUUUCAUAGGCUUUUUUGAGUUUUGGCAAGGACACAGGGGCCCCAUGAUCCCCUAUUGCCCAGGG